UCAAUAUUACGCUCGCAUUCUGCUCACGCCGCAUUAGUUUCGCGUCCGUGUUCCCCUCGUUAUUUUUAUUGGGGAGUUUGCAGACAUUGCUGCUACCGCGGCCAUGGGCGAGACUUCUCCCAGGCCUCUGCGCAUUCUCUUUUGUGGCGAUGAGUUCCCUCCUGCGGAAUUCCAUACUAGAGAGCAUCUCAAACAGUACGCACACCUCUAUGUGGAUUCCUGGUCAAGGGAGGAAGUGCCUGGACGAAUAGCAGAUUAUGAUAUCUGUGUACCCAGGAUGAUGCGUCUAGAUGCGGAAGUGAUUGCCCGCGCCAAGCGGUUGCAACUUAUUGUGCAGUUUGGUGUCGGGCUUGAAGGAGUUGAUGUGGAAGCCGCAACAAAAGCUGGGAUUAAGGUGGCCAGAAUUCCAAGUGCGAACACCGGAAAUGCGUUCUCGUGCGCGGAACAUUGUAUUUACAUGAUGCUCGGCCUCCUUCGACAUCAGAAAGACAUGUGGUCUUCAAUUGCUGCCAAACGAUUAGGCGAACCUGCUGGCAGCACCUUGUUCGGGAAAACUGUGUUUAUUCUUGGUUAUGGACAUAUCGGGCACGAAUUGGCACCACUCUUGAGAUGCUUUGGUGUAUAUAUUCUGGCUGUGCGACGAUCCUGGAGUGGUCUAGAGAAAGAAUCCCUUUCUAGACUAACUGAUGGAAAUGAUUCGGUACAUGAGAAAGGUGGCUCAGAGCACACCCUUGAGUUUGCUAGGCGUGCUGAUAUUGUUGUCACCUGUUGCACACUUAAUCCUACAACGAUAGGAAUUGUAGAUGCAAAGUUCCUUUCAGUUAUGAAGAAGGGAUCUUUCAUAGUGAACGUUGCACGGGGAGGCUUGCUUGAUUAUGAUGCUGUCUUGGGUGCCCUCGAGUCUGGGCACCUGGGCGGACUCGCCAUUGAUGUUGCGUGGUCAGAACCAUUGGAUCCCUCAGAUCCGAUCUUGCAGCACUCCAAUGUUUUGGUCACUCCUCACGUUGCCGGUGUAUGCACAAGUGCUUACCAAAACAUGGGAAAGAUAAUUGCAGACAGCGCAUAUCAGCUGUCCAUCGGAAUGCCUACCUCGGGAAUUGAGUAUGUGAAUUAGUGAAAUUAGAACCAAGUGCACACACCUUUGUUCAGACUGCUCAAGACCAUCUCCAUUUUUCAACGCUUCUUUUCCCCAUUCCAAAAUGUGCAACAGCAUGGGGUACUGCAAACACAUAAAAACCAUUUGUUGCCAUACAAUUCUAUAAAUCAAGCAAGCUGGAGCACAACCUUUACGUUGC